AUGUCAGUCCGGCAAAGGAGGCCUUCGGCAACCGAAGUCAUCACAGAUGCAGCCAAGAGCCUCGAGAAGAAGAUCGAAAGUGCUCUGACUGUGCUCUGGGAUGAUCUUCCAUCAUGGCAGCAGGACAACCACUACAUUCAGUCCGGGUAUCGACCCGCGUCCGCGUCUUUCAGGAGGUCUUUUGCCAGCUUGGGCUAUUUGCACAAUGAGUCGGUCAACAUAUACUCUCACUUUGUCGGAGCAGUCGUAUUCUCGGGCUUGGCUGUUGUCUUGUAUACAGCGAUCAAGCCAAGAUAUGACACUGCGGCAACGUCGGAUAUUUGGGCAUUUGCCUGCUUCUUUACUGGAGCUGCUUUGUGUUUAGGGAUGUCCGGAACGUACCACACUAUCUCGAACCACUCUCCAAUUGUCAGCAGAAUGGGAAAUAAGCUGGAUUAUGUUGGGAUUGUCUUUCUCAUAACUGGAAGCUUCAUCCCAAGCGUAUUCUAUGGCUUCUAUUGCCAUCCUCAUCUGCAGGAGUUCUAUUGGACCAUGAUAUGCUCAAUUGGCCUUGGAUGCGCCUGUGUUUCCAUCUUUGAUCGAUUCAGAACCCCAGCCUGGCGUCCAUACCGAGCUGGGAUGUUCGUUGCAAUGGGUCUCUCUGCGAUCUUUCCAGUGUUUCAUGGUCUCGAGCUUUACGGGGCCGACGAGAUGCGUAACCGCAUAGGAUUGACUUGGCUGGUUCUGCAAGGGUUCUUGUACAUCAUGGGGGCAGGUCUAUAUGCUGCUCGCUGGCCCGAACGAUCAUGGCCAGGCUCUUUCGACAUCUGGGGGAGUUCGCAUCAGAUCUUUCAUGUGCUUGUUGUUAUGGCUGCAGCAUCGCAUUUGUACGGCUUGCUGAAGGCGUUCGACUACCACCACGGAGCCCUGGGCUUGAAAUGCUAG